CUGCUUGCCUAAAAUGGCGGUUACUUCCUGAUCUCAAGAAGCAAAACAAAGAAGAAGAAGACGACCACCCAUCUGCUAACUUCGGCUACACUCUUCAAUGGCCAGUUCCCAAAAAGGCAAAUCCUUUCUCUUCCGUUUCACCUUCUUCCUCUCCCUUAACUUGCUCUUCCUUUCACCCAUCGUAACCGCUUCCGAGGAGCUUGUUAGGUUGCAUAGACUCGAGGAGCUUGUUAGGAAUCUGACAGAAGUAGUAGCUAGACUAGACGCUAAGUUAUCUGAAACUAAGAAACACGAUAUCAUCAUCAGUAAUAAUGGGGUUAAAGAGAAAGCUAAAGCCUUUUCAGUGACAAAGUACAGUCCUUUCUGGUCAGAGAGAUUCGAGUUCACCUCUGCUGUGAAGCUAAACUCCGAGGCAACGUGUAUCAACGUGUUACCCUUUAGAGACCACGAAGGUUUAAGCAAGUACUUCGCUGUUGGUGACUCAAGUGGGAGCCUCUACGUGUUCUUGAGAAACGGCGACGUUUUGGUCGAGUUUUUCACCACUUGUGAUUCACCCAUCACUGCUAUGGUUUCUUACAUGUCUGUGUAUAAGAACGAGAGCUUUGUGGUGACGGGGCAUCAAAGUGGAGUUAUCUUGUUGCAUAGACUCAGAGAGGGAUCUGUUGGGGAAGAUUUGAGUUCUGCUGUGAUGGAGAAUGUUGGUAAGUUUGAUGGAAGGGAAGAUGGUUUAGAAGUGACUUUAUUGGAAGUGCAUCAUGUUGGUCGUGUUAGGUUUAUAUUAGCGACUGAUCUCACCGGAAAGCUUACUGUUUUCACUGAGAACAGAACUGUUUACGGAUCAGUUACACCUACAAGUAGACCUCUUGUGUUCUUGAAGCAGAGGCUGUUGUUUCUCACCGAGACUGGUGCUGGUUCGUUAGACUUGAGAAGCAUGAAGAUCAGAGAGUCAGAAUGUGAAGGUUUGAACAAUUCUUUGGCAAGAACUUACGUUUUCGACGCGGCGGAGAGGUCUAAAGCUUAUGGUUUUACAUCAGAAGGUGAAGUGAUUCACGUGUUGCUUCUCGGUGACGUAGUGAACUUCAAAUGUAGAGUUAGAUCAAAGAAGAAGGUUCAGAUACAAGAGCCUGUAGUAGCGUUACAAGCUAUCAAAGGCUAUCUUGUUCUAGUCAGCGAAGAGAAAGUGUUUGUAUACAAUGUAUCGACUCAACACUAUGUUAGAACCACAGGUCCUCGGCUUCUCUUCCCUGCUUCAUUAGAAGAUAUCAGGUCAACGUUCUUGAGACACCAUCAAGAAACCAAGUUUAAGGUAACUCCUUUGAUAGCAAGCGACCGUGAGAAGCUUCUUGUGAUGAGUUUAGGUGAGGGAUACGUAGCUACAUACAAAUCAAAGCUUGAGAGUUCAAAAGGAGAACUCAACACGAUGCUAUGGAGCAGUCCUGUCUUCUUCUUUAUACUGUUUUUAUUCGCUGCGUGGCAUUUCUUCGCUAAGAAGAAAGAUUCUCUCACAGCUUGGGGACCUGAAGAAGAUCCUUUCACCUCCUCUUCUGCUUCUUUCUCUGAGCCAUCUAGGAGAAACGACGAUGAGCUCAUGGAUCUUAGAAGAAGAUAUGUUUCUCCAUCACGGUAUCCUCCUGGAGCAGCAGCUGGUACUUACAGGUCAGUUGCCUCUAAUGAACCGACUUCUAGAGCGACGGUUGAUGGUACAAACUAUAGAACAACAGGGCAGGAGAUGAAGUAUCGUGGUGGGUCAGGGCUUGAUUCUUCAGGUGGUUUAGGGUUUGGUAAUAGAAGAGAGAGCUUGUUUGGUAAUAAUAACAAAGCUUUAGACAACGAAAGUUAAAGGCCUUUUUUUAAAAAACGUUUUGCCACUUUCUUUUUUUCUUUGUUACCGGUCUAAGUUUUUUGUAUUUUGUAACACUCCGGCGAAAAAAUACAUGUUUUUACCGGUAGCUUUGUUUCUCCGGGCACAUCAGGAUCAGAUUGAAAAUGAUGGAUUUUUUUUCCAAUAUAUUAUAGUAUAUCAAGAUCCAAAUGUCUUACAGGACCU